AUGCCACGGGGAGCGGACUACGACGAUGGGGUGCCACGGUCAGACAAUGCCAUCGAGGCUGGCGAAGACAAGGCUCAUGGCACAGGAAAUAAUACCACGGAUGAAGUUGAACUGAAUCGCGCAAAGAAAACAGCGGCCAUGCCCGACCUGAGCGAAGUUAACGACCGCACAGCCAGUGGUGGAGCAGCAACAGGUCAUAAUGAUGGACACGGUCAUGAUUCCCCCGGGACACGAGGCGAGAAGACCGGAUCGGGUCUGAGAAAGGACUUCGGCAGACAGAGUCUCAAUAAAACAAUUGCUUCGCAGAAUGGAUCAGAGGCUAGUAAAUAA